ACCAGGGUCACCGAGUCUUACCUAGACGUCCUCUGUCCUUGAUUGAAAAAAUAAAAAUAAAACUACAUUUCCCGGCAGUCUUGGCGGUGCUAUGCACAUGCGCAGUGCGAAACAAGAUGUCAGCUGCCAGUAGAGCGGCGUGAUGAAGGCAGAGAGCGGGGUUGAUGUGUGAGACGCGGAGAUGGCGGCUGUGUACCGGCACACAGCGAUCAGGAGCGGCUGGAGAACAGUAACCGCGAUAGGCAGCCUGGGCUGUGCAAGGAGGAAAUGCUCGGCGCCCUGGUAUCAGGAACAUUUGGAGACUAAGGAGAAGGGGCACAGAUCUCCCUCCAGAAUGCAAGAAGAAAGAUCCAGCAUCUUUAAGAACCCAGGAGUCACAACUGUGGAAAAGAUGAGCAAGGAGUCGCUGUGUGAGCACCUGGCACAGAAUGUGGUGUAUAUGGAAGGUCCACUUGUCGCCAUCAACAAAUCCCAGGGGCUCUCCAUUACAAGUAGUUCAGAGGGGCUUUCGGUGGUGUCCAUACUCCCAGAGUUGAAGCAGAUACUGCAGAUGAAGUCAGAUCUCCACGUGGUGAAAGCUGCGCCAAAGGAGAGUUCUGGGCUGGUUCUGCUCUCUACUUGUCAUAUCACCACGAAGAAAUUAGAAGAUUUUUACGCUGUGUGCCGUAGAUCAGAGCGGCCAAUCACAACAUUCUGUGCUGUAACUCUUGGCACCCCCAGUCCGGCUGAAGGGGAGAUAAGCGUGGCCCUGAAAGUGGAGAAUAUCGGCGACCAGGAUCUAGUUGUCCCUGUGAUGCAUCCGUCCAAAGGAAGCCUGGAGAGGAGAGAGGUGAAGAGAACAGGAACCAGGUACAGGGUUCUCCACUCUGCGGAGGGCUGCUCUCUUCUGCAGCUGCAGCCCAUGAGCGUUUAUAGAGAGCAACUUUUGGUUCACUGCACACUAAAGUUCUGCCCGAUACUAGGCGACCACAUUUACAGUGCACGAGUGGCAAAAAUAUUAGGAGAGAACAUCCACGUACCCCUGGAUCUUGCAACCCCAAGGGCACAGUGGAUAGAAGAGAAGAUUCUCGGUAAGAUGCAUCUAACAGAGCAGCAGGUGCCCCGGAUACCUCUUCACCUUCACCUGCACCAUCUGCUGAUGCCAGACGGCUCCUCAACGCAUCUCACUGCUCCGCCACCUCCUUUCUUCCAGCGGACAAUGGAGCUUCUGCAUCUUAAGAUGAAGCGAUCUGCUCUUAUGGAUCGUUAAAGGGACAGCACACUUAAAAAUUGAAUGGCUGAUCCUGAGCAGCCUUGUAGAAGCUUGGCUGAAAACACAGGGUUUACUUCAUCCCCGUGGUUCCCAUCGUUUUUAGAUGUCUGAAUGACUGGUGGACCUUCAGUGAUGGGGUAGAGCUUGGCGUGUCGGGUUCCCUAUUGCGGUCAGUAUAAUGAAGGAGAGCUCCUGCUGCAGCCAGUUGUUGGGUUUGUAUAUAUAUACUGUCUAAGAUAUAUAACUAAUAAUUUUAUUAGUAUUGGAUCAACCCUAUUAAACCAGGCAUGCUGUCGGUUAGGGUUGACCCUGCUGAGCGAAACGACCCCUCUAGUUGAAAUCCAUUGUUAAAUACACCAUAGGGUGGGCCUAGCCCCUCCGAAACCUGCUGCCUUUCCACCUCUCUCCCCUUGGGUAGCAGGGCCAGGCAUCCUCAUGGUCUUCCUGCCUGGCCCUGUAAUCCCACACAUGCACUGGUGAAUGUUCAGUCGGCUCCUACACUUUAUAGAUCUCGGCAGCGGUGACCGAGAUAUACUGUGCAUGCGCCAACUUGAACAUUCACCAACGCGUGCAUUUACAGGGCCAGGGAGGAAGACGGUGAGGCCGUCUGGCCCGGCCACUCAAGGGGAGCAGGAAAGGCUGUUGUGGAGCAUUUUCCCUUGAGGGACAAGAUCAAUCCUAACACACAGUAUGCCUGGUUGAAUAGGGUUGAUCCUGCUGACAGAUGCUCUUUAAUAGAUUAUAGGGGUGGGGUAUUUUCUUACAGCUGUAAAUAAUCUGUUUGUAGAGGAGCCUCAUGAGAUUUGAUGUGCACUGAUGUUAUAAUAAAAAUACAUGAU